CGACCCAACAAGACUUGAAAAUGAGUGGAAGAGGAAAAGGAGGCAAGGGACUCGGCAAAGGAGGAGCCAAGCGUCACCGUAAAGUUCUCCGUGAUAACAUCCAGGGAAUCACCAAGCCCGCCAUCCGCCGUCUGGCUCGCCGCGGCGGAGUGAAGCGUAUCUCCGGUCUGAUCUACGAGGAGACCCGCGGGGUGCUGAAGGUCUUCCUGGAGAAUGUGAUCCGUGAUGCCGUCACCUAUACCGAGCACGCCAAGAGGAAGACCGUGACCGCCAUGGAUGUGGUGUAUGCCCUCAAGAGGCAGGGCCGCACUCUGUACGGCUUCGGAGGUUAAACAUCUACACCCUACAUACCUGGAACAACAACGGCUCUUUUAAGAGCAACCCACAUUACUCAAAGAGUCUGUUUCCUUUCGAUGAACAUUAUAUCGAACUUAAACUCCAUCUCCAAAACUCUUGCUAGGAUAUUAACAAUGUAGAUAAUUUCACAACGUUGUUAAUCCGACAUCCAAGUAAAGUCUCCACAACUACAGCCACAACCACGACUGCGCCAAAUAAUUGUACUUCCUGCUGUUUGGGGUUUCUUAAACUUUUGAAAUAUGUUUUAAGGUGAUAUACACUGGGAUAUGUUAAGGACUAACUCACUUAUAAUGAAUACAUUUGUAUUUCAGGAUCUUGAAAUCAUACGUAUUGGGAUUCAUGUGGAUUAAUACGUGUGGACUAGAGGGUGACCUCAAUGGUUCACCUCACUUUUUUAUUUAAAUUCCAACGUUGGUCAUGAAAAAUAUGUGUUUCUCUGUUGUCCACGUUAUACAUAGUUAAAAACAUGAAAGAGUUAAAAGUACAUUAAUUCCAACCGAUUUAUUUAUUCAUGUACAACACAUUAUAAAACCCCAA